CUUGCUGGCGCUGGUGCUCGCCCACGCCCCACUGAAGCUCGCUUAUCGACCGGUGGACCUCUAUCUAGACUGCUUGCCAGAGCCUCUAUCGAGCAAAUCAAUGGAGGACAACGCGGAACUUGAGUCUUUUCGUCGCCAGUGGCGUGAGGAAGUCUCACGAAAAACUCAAACUACUAUUGCACCCGGUCCGUCACGGACGACUCCGAGCAGAGCUGCCAUUUCUCAACCCCGACAAUUUCCCCCUACUCGCCAUGAAGCAUCAGCGCGCAAAGAUGACGAAGACGAGGAAGGACCGGCAUCAUAUAGUCAGAACGAGAUAACCCAGGGGCUUGAUCGGUUAUCACUGGCAAAACCGGAGGAAGAAGACGUGUUCCACGCGCGCAAGCCCCGGGCAGAACCUCGGUCGGCUCUUGAGCAUUUCGAAAGAGCAGUCGAGAGGGAGGCGGAAGGGAACCUAGGAGACAGUCUUCAGCACUACCGCAAAGCAUAUCGACUCGACGCUGCUGUCGACAAGAAAUACAGGAACAAGCACUUCGCCAACGCAUGGAAGAAGACAUCACAGACAGGUGCACCGAGUGAGCCCGCCAAAACAACAGCAACAGACCAAACACCAAUUGUACCAACGCCGGAGCUUAUCAACUCCUUUGCCAGUGCGCCCAUUCUACCUGCGGACCCAAUAAUCGAAGGCGACGCACCUCCUCCAUGCCCCAUCGCGCAUAUUCCGUCUGAAGUCAUAGUCGAGAUUUUAAGUCAUGUUGCCCUAGCGGAUCCAGCAGCUUUUGCCCGGAUGGCGCUGGUAUGCAAACGCUUUGCCUAUCAUUUCGCACAUGAACAACAUAUUUGGAAACGACUCUGUCAAGGAGCCAAAUUCGGCUUCAAAUCCAUGCAUUAUUCGUUUGCAUGCGACAUCCACGGCAACCCUGAACACACCUUAGCGCCUCAGCCACGGUAUACGCCAUUUCCCGCCCAUGCUCCGGUUCAGCUACCGAGUCCGCUAUCGUCGUGGAGUGAGGUUUUCCAUUCUUUUCCGCGAAUUCGCUUCACGGGAGUAUAUAUCAGCACAGUAAACUACACACGCGCUGGUGCGGCGUCAGCAUAUUCAAAUAUUUCUUGGAACAGUCCGAUCCAUAUAGUAACAUAUUACCGUUACCUCCGCUUCUAUCCCGACGGGACGGUCAUUUACAUACUUACGACAGUGGAGCCCGUUGAGCUAGUUCCCUAUAUCAACAAAGCGAAUGUGGCGGUUGCGCGGGCACCAUCCCGUAAGCAAACUCCUCGAAAUGCCGGUGUGGGAAGUGGGACUCAGGAACCAGUCCCUUCUGUUGCCAUGGACAUAUUGAAGCGUGCUCAACGGGGUCGCUGGCGCCUUUCCAAGCCAGCAUCCCCGACCGAUCCUCCUGAGCAGGCCACAAAUCCCUUCCCAAGUAAAGAUGAUUUAUCCACCACGCCAGACCCCCGGGAUCUUGUGGUGGAAACCGAAGGCGUGAAAGAAAAAUAUGUAUAUGUCCUCCACUUAGCACUCCGGUCAACUGCUGCACGGCCCACGAAUGCUAGUCCCUUUCACCCAAACCCCUCGAGAAACACCAAGUUGGUUUGGAAAGGAUACUGGAGCUACGACAAACUCACUGAUGACUGGGCCGAAUUCGGUCUCAAAAAUGACCGCGCAUUUGUCUUCCGGCGGGUUAGAGGUUGGGGUAUGGAUUAA